AUGAAGUCCACCACUCUCGCUCUCCUCCUUGCCGCUGCCGGCUCCAUCGAGGCCAUCACCGUCUCCCUCCCCUCCGGUGUCACCCUUCCCUCCGGCGUCACCUUGCCUAGCGGCGUCAGCGUCGUGACCGCCACCGCCUCCGCCAACAACAAGCGCUUCCUGCACGCCCUCGGCCACGACAAGCGCCAGUUCUCCGGCCUGACUGUGAGCGCGGCCGCCACGACCGCUGCCGCCAACAACAACGCUGAUGCCGAUGCUGAUGAUUCCAAGGAGGAUGAUUCC